ACGGCUGACGUCAGCGCAGUCAGGCGCAGUCAGUCUGUGACAAACUAAACUAUAAUAAACUUAAACGAAGGAUUGUCGGCUGCGAUGGAGACAAACUAAAGCUCUCUUGUGGAUUUGUUUUUCAAAAACGGAAGGAGAAGAAAAGGAAAAGUUGGGCUCAUGGCUGUGAUUUUUGUUGCUUUCAUAUCAGCAUGUUCCGGGUUGUGGAGCGCGGCCGUCCUCGUGCACGGCCAGACUUGUGUGAAUGAGAGCAGCUAUGCGGAGCAGGUGCUCGAUGUGGGACGUCCAUAUGAGCUGCGGUGUCCCGUCAUCUCCCAGAGCUCCCCUGAAGUCCAGCCGACAUGGCAAAAGAACUGCCUGCAGCUCCCGGAUCAGGACGGGAAGACGUUCCUACAGUUCGCAGGCGUCGGCGUGGAAGACCAAGGAAACUACACUUGCACCCAAAAGGGGAACGUCACAGUUUCAUUCACUGUGAACCUCAUUGUUAAAGAGUCUCGGUGCUCCAAAGCUCCCGAGUUUAAACCCCACGGGGAUGCGACCGAAGUCUGGAGGAGUCUGGGGGACACGGUGAAACUGAACUGCACUGCUCUCCUCCUCUGGGAUCCAUCAGAGGCUCAAUGUGACACCGCGCUCCGGUGGAGUAAAAGCGGCCAGCCCCUAACAAACCACACGCGCUACCCGCAAGACACAUCGUCAUGGUCUCCUGCUGGGGGCCAGCUGAUGGUCAACAGUCUGAUCCAGAUCUCCCUCAGAGAGCCAGAAGAUUUUGGACUUUACAGCUGCACAACGAGGAACAUUUCCGCCGACUUCAGCGUACACAGUUCAAGCAGGCCCAGCCACACGGCUGCUGUCAUCUCAGCCGUCGUCCUCCUCCUGCUCCUGGCUGUCGCUGCUGUCGUGUACUCCAGGUGUCACCUGAACAUCAAGCUCUGGUACAGGGACGCCUACGGAGACUAUGAACUCAACGAUGGAAAAUCAUACGACGUCUACAUCUCCUACGUGAACAAUGACUACGACAGGAAGUUUGUCAACUUUAUUCUCAAACCUCACCUGGAAAAUAAAAACGGGUACAAGGUGCACCUCAACGACAAUGACAUCCUCCCUGGCUCAGAACCUUCUGCGGAGCUUCUGAUGAACAUGAGCCGCUCCAGGCGUCUCAUCGUGCUACUGUCUCACGCUUACCUUGAGCAGGACUGGUGCUCCAACAACUUCAGGCAGGGCUUCCUGCACUUGCUGGAGUUGUGCCAGCGACCCAUCAUUGUCACGCUGGAGGGACAGUCCAGACGCAUGAGUCCUGAUAUCAAGCAGCUGCUCAGUGAACACCAGCACCGCCUUACUUUACUCACCUGGAGGCAAAACUCUGUGACUCCGUCCUCCGUCUUCUGGAAGGAGCUAACUUUAGCGAUGCCUCGCAGAAUCCUCUUCCACAGCGAGUCUGGAGGUGACCCUCAGACCGUCCUUCAGGAUGACAAAGACCCCAUGCUGACCCUCGACCCUGACUACCUGGACUGCCGCUCAGACACCGACCCUGCAGGAGACUUGGGUGUUCGCCUGCCCGUGUUCAAGGCUCUGGCCUGCAGGGCCCCCGUGCUUCCUGUUGCACCCACAACAGCAGCUGAGCCGAAACCCUCCGACAUCGACGUGUCGGAUCUGGGAUCACGCAACUACGGCGCCCGCUCAGACUUCUACUGUCUCGUCACCGAGGGUGAUGUCUGACCCACGCUGGUCUCUCCAAAACAGUUCCUGGUAUUUAUUUCAUGAAACUGAAAAACUUUCAGACUUUUGUUUUCUCUCCGUCUGCACUGCCCGUCACUGAAAUCAAAUGUCUUUUAUUCACCACAGGCUGAUUCUAUGUUUUUGAAUUUUGUACGGGGUGUAAAAUAUUUUACAGAGAAAUGAUGAGAAAAGAAUAAACCUGUAUAAACUCUCACUGGUCACUUUGUCAGGUUUGACCUAAUAAA